GCUUGGGUGCGCGGGGUCAAGAUCGCCUUAGACCCGCCCCCCAGCGCCGAGUCGCAAAGGGGGAAUCCUUGCGGGGGUGUUCCGAGACCCGGCCCUCUGCGCUCCAGGUCCGUAGGUGCAGGGCUUUGCGCGGGCCGAGAGCCCUGGUUCUGGCCUGUCGAUGUCCCAGUCCCCGGAAGUUCCCCAAAGCUCUGCAAGUGCCUCUGAGGAGCCGCGGGACGCGCAGGCAGAGUGGCCACGGCAGCAGGUGUGAACGCGCCUGACAAGAUGAAGAGCCGCAUCCCUGUGGUGCUCCUGGCCUGUGGUUCCUUCAACCCCAUCACCAACAUGCACCUGCGUUUGUUUGAGGUGGCCAGAGACCACCUGCACCAAACAGGAAUGUACCAGGUGAUCGGGGGGAUCAUCUCUCCUGUCAACGACAACUACAAGAAGAAAGACCUUGCAGCUGCCCACCACCGAGUGGCCAUGGUCCGGCUGGCCCUGCAGAUGUCGGACUGGAUUCGGGUGGACCCCUGGGAGAGUGAGCAGGCGCAGUGGACGGAGACGGUGAAGGUGCUGAGGCAUCAUCACCACCAACUGCUCAGAUCUCUGCCCCCGGAGGAAGGGCCGGACCAAGGCAAAGCUGUCUCUCCGGCGCCUGCAGCUGCACCUGAACUGAAGUUCCUCUGCGGGGCAGACGUCCUAAAGACCUUCCAGACCCCCAACCUCUGGAAAGACGAGCACAUCCAGGAAAUCGUGGAGAAGUUCGGCUUGGUGUGUGUGGGGCGGGCUGGCCAUGACCCCAAGGCAUACAUCUCAGGCUCGCCCAUCCUGCGGAGGUACCAGCACAACAUUCACCUGGUCCGGGAGCCAGUGCAGAACGAAAUCAGCGCCACCUACGUCAGGAGCGCCUUGGGCCAAGGGCGGAGCGUGAAGUACCUGCUCCCGGAUGCUGUCAUUGCCUACAUCAAGGACCACAACCUCUAUUCCAGGGACAGUCCCUCAAAAGGCAAUGGCACCCGAAACAAUGGAGGAGAGACAAACUAGGGAGGGCCAGCCACUGCCCCACUGAGCUCCUCCGGAGGAGAAAGCCAUCAAGGUCAUCGUGUUCCUUUUAUUUAUUUAUUUUUUGCCUUUCCAUUUUUUGUUUGUUUUAUUUCAACAGUGAUUGCACUUCUGAAGAAUCUUCUGUCCCAGGAAGAGGUACCUCUUUAGGGAGGAGCGAGUGUCUGCAUCACAAGGAUGGACAUGUACCGAAGAAGUUAAAAUGGUGUGGCAGAUCAGUAGGCAAAGGUUCUCAGAACCCUUGGGCGAGAGCCUUCUCGUUUCGGAAAUGCUAACUGGCAAGUGGGCCUGGAAGGCAAUUCUGCGCUUGGCAGUAUCCCCUGGGGGUUGGAUCAGAAUUGCCCACAAAGCAUUUUUUAACUAGAGCCAGGUGCAGCAUGCUGGUCUUGAUUGGAGAGAUUUGACAGGAUGCUAAUUACUGAACAGUGGGCUUUGUCAACACCAUGUGUCAAACAAAGUAAUACUGAAGGCUUAAAAAUUUGGAAGCAGCACUUUGCUAAUUUGCAUCGAAUCUUCCAUUAAGAACCGUGAUCUGCCUGCUUUCUGGCCAUUGAUAAAAUUUAAACUAAAAUCUUUCUAAGUAGUGGUCCUCAAACAAUAUUUCUGAUACAGCAAAUAUUUGUAACACAACUAUUCUAUAAGUGCCAGGACUCUUGAUUUCCAGGUUUCUAAAAAAUUGAGGUGAGACAGAUGCCUCGACUGUGUUAGGGGGUCUUUCUGAAUGUUUAAUUGUCGCCUGUUUGAGUAUUGACAAAGUAUAAACAUAAAUUGACAUCAAAAAGUACUAAUGAAAAGUUUCUCUUUUUU